AUGGGACUCGAAUCGAGUGAAUUUGGGUUUCUUUUGAUUGUUCUGGCGAUUGUUCUAGCUUCUUCACAGUCGGAAGAAGGCUUUGGCUACCAAGACAAUUCCCUGGGACCAGGGCAGUGGGGAUGCCUUGCCACAAACUUUUCGACGUGUAGAACAGGGACCCAGCAGUCGCCCAUUAACAUAAAAACGCGAGAUGCUAUCGAUGAUUGCUCGCUUGGAAAGCUGAGAUUCCAUUUCUCCCACUCCGCAGGAACACUCACCUCUCAGAAGUACCUCUACAGAAUUGGGCUGGAUGGUGAUGCCGAGAACACUGUGAUCAUUGAUGGCAUGGAGUUUAGGCUGGUGCAAUUCCACUUCCAUCACCCAAGCGAGCAUUUCAUUGAUGGAAAAAAGUUUGAGCUUGAAGCACACCUUGUUUAUCGUGCCAUGGACAACUCCUCGAGGAUGGCUGUUGUUGCCCAGAUGUAUAAGAAGGGAGAAGAAAACAGUCUACUUGCACAAGUUCUUGACAUGAAAAACAAUGUCCGAACUUUGCUAGACUUGAGGGAGUUCAACCUGGGACAAGAAUAUUUCAGAUACAUUGGGUCUCUUACAACACCUCCAUGCACCCAAGGAGUAACCUGGACCAUUUUGAUCAAAAACAAGACUGCAUCCAAGCAACAGAUCAAAGAUCUGAAACAGUGCCUUGGGGGAAGAAAUGCAAGGCCAUUGCAGAGAACUAAUCGGCGAGAGGUUUACAUGUACACUUUUUACCAGAACUUCUUAGCGAAAUACUAGAUUUUUUUUAAUAUAAUUAUAAUAAAAUUAUAAUUCAUUGUUUCUAUCAUUUUACGAUAGUUCUAUAGAUUCUUGAGAUA